AUGAACUGGACGGGCGGUAGCUUGCAGCGCACGAAACAAGCUAGCAAAGGUGUCGUUCAAACGCAAAAGGCCUACUUCGCAAGAGCCCGGACUCACCUUCAGAAUGGGCCAAAGUCGCAUGCAGCGCCUUUCAAACCAACUUACUUGCGGAACGACGAGAAAUCUGAGCUGACCGGGCAAUUGCCAGCCUUCGUGUCAAGCUCAGUGCGUCGUACUGAACACUCAGCCUGGUAUCACCAUGAGCCAACGCAUGGCAGACCCCCACUGGCCGCUGAAGAGCUCCACAAUGAAGAGGAGUUGCUACCUGCGCCAGCGGGUUAUCGGAAAUUUCCAUCACGUGGUGAUACAUCACCGAUGAGACAUGCCAAUGGUGACGUCCGAGAUGAACGACGAAAGAAGCGAAAAGCAGAUGACAUAGACCCGGAGAUCCAGCUACUAGAAGCCAACAGGAAGCGGCUGCUGGGACAACGUGACUGGGUCGGUGUUGCGCCGUCUCGACCAGUGAACCUUCACUUCAUGUCGAGCAAGGAGAAGAUCAAGGUCGGCAGACGCAGGAAAGUGGAAGGGAGGCACGGCGCAUCUGCUCGGCAUAGAGAAGACGUGGGUUCCAUGACACAACGUUUUCACCCCACAGUCGAUCAACAUGUCGGUGGCUUUGUCGGUGCUAUCACGAAUAUCCCAAACGAUAUCCGCAUACGCAUUGGUACUGGUGCUUUGACGACUGCCUGCUCAAGCGCGAGAAACGGGUAUGAGCAGUCGCAUGCAUCUUCGGAUGUGAUGCUGUAUGAUCAGCAGAAUCAUGAUGCAGAACAGCCAGCCACGCAAGAGACUGCGCAGCUUGACAUCCAGGAGGCCUGCACACUUGAUCACUCAUCCACUCAGAGCCGCGGGCCUAGUAAUCGCAGAGGAAUCCCACCAGUUACUGGGCGAGCUCAACCGGGUUCCAGCUCAGCCUAUUUGCCUCAAGACGGCGGCAAGGAUGCUUCUCGGAACAGAGUCGCAGUGGGUAGACCAAUAAUGCAAUCUGACUUGCCCGAGAUUGUAAACGGAUGUUCGCUCAGAGAGACACCAAGGAGUGAAAAGCCAGCCCAAGGCCUCCGAAUCACACGUCCUUUUGGAGAUGUUAAUCAAUAUUUGCGCCUCGUCUUUCCGGGGUCUAUCUCUUCUGAGGACACUCGAUGUCGCACUACGUUCAGUGGCAAUGGCCAAAAUGGGACAGACUGUGCACCCAAAGCAACUUAUGCGGGAAAAUCCCAAAAGGGUCGCAUGCCUUGCACCAGCAAUAAUAUUGAGCUUCCGCAUGGAAGUGAAGCUGCAGCUGCAGCCUCAAGCGUCGUUGACAAAGCGUGGAAGCCAUUCUUGCACAUUCCGGACAGAAGCUCCAGCCAUACGACGACUGCGAACGACCCCGAAAACAGCCGUAUGCAGCAGUCGCCCACGUCCAAAACGCGAAUGCGUGAAGCUGAACACGCAAGCUGGUCACAACAUGCCACCAAAGGUCAGCUCACUAGCUCGUCCCUCAUUUCCGCCUCUUUGCCUUCUCUCAAGCCAGGCCGUCUGCGACAGCUAAACGAGAACAACUCAGCGAAAAUGAAUGAAGACGAACAGGUUUGGCAGAAUUUUGUCCUGGGAAGUAAGGAUGAAGCGUCUCCGGGGUUAAUGCAUGCGCACCAGUAUGAUAGCGAACGAAGGAUGUCGAAAGGCUCGUCGGGGUACUUGCCGCUAUCCGUCGCUGUCAGUUCAACGAGCUCACCGUUCAGGUCGACAUUAGGACAUGUGCCUCGCAUGCAUCAGGAUGUACACGAUGCAGCAAGGUUUGCGCCACCUCUUUCAACUUCACCGGCUGCUGUGUAUGUAGGCUUUGUUGAGGAAUUGUGCGAUGGGGGCCAGGACGACUUCACAAACCUGCACAGCGCGUCAGGCCACUCAGUGACUCAUGCCUCUCUGCUGGCCAACGCAUCUGGCGAUAUCGACCACCUAUCCCCAAGGAUGAUCAGUCGCACAGAAACGUCCCGCAGCCGCCUCGCGCAUCCUGGCCAUAGCGGCACGAGCUUGUACAAACGUGCGCAGGCAAGUUGUGCCGAGACAGGUCGAGACCGCGAAAACAAUCCAGUCUACGAUAUCCCAGAUGCGGAAGAUGAGGGACUCCAUCUGGUCGACGCCGACUCGUUGUGGUGA